GACAACUGCCCACAGCUGCCCAAUUCUGGGCAGGAAGAUUUCGACAAGGAUGGAAUUGGUGAUGCCUGUGAUGAGGACGAUGACAACGAUGGCGUGAGCGACGAGAAGGACAACUGCCAGCUGCUCUUCAACCCCCGCCAGUUUGACUAUGACAAGGAUGAGGUUGGGGACCGCUGCGACAAUUGCCCCUACGUGCACAACCCUGCGCAGAUCGACACCGACAACAAUGGCGAGGGAGACGCCUGCUCCGUGGACAUCGACGGGGACGAUGUUUUCAACGAAAGAGACAACUGUCCUUAUGUCUACAACACGGACCAGAGAGACACGGAUGGCGAUGGCGUGGGUGACCACUGUGACAACUGUCCACUGAUGCACAACCCGGACCAGACGGACGCGGACAACGACCUUGUCGGAGACCAGUGUGACAACAGCGAAGACAUCGAUGACGACGGCCACCAGAACAACCAGGACAACUGCCCGUACCUCGCCAACGCCAACCAGGCCGACCACGACGGCGACGGCCAGGGCGACGCCUGCGACUCGGACGACGACAACGACGGCGUCCCCGACGACAGGGACAACUGCCGGCUGGUGUUCAACCCGGGCCAGGAGGAUGCCGACGGUGAUGGACGGGGUGAUAUCUGUAAGGACGAUUUUGACAAUGACAAUGUCCCUGACAUCGAAGACGUGUGCCCAGAGAACAACGCCAUCAGUGAGACGGACUUCAGGAACUUCCAGAUGGUCCCCCUGGACCCCAAGGGAACCACACAGAUUGAUCCCAACUGGGUCAUUCGCCACCAGGGAAAGGAGCUGGUUCAGACGGCGAACUCAGACCCUGGCAUUGCUGUAGGGUUUGACGAGUUUGGUUCCGUGGACUUCAGCGGCACGUUCUACGUCAACACAGACCGGGAUGAUGACUACGCCGGCUUCGUCUUUGGCUACCAGUCGAGCAGCCGCUUCUACGUGGUGAUGUGGAAGCAGGUCACGCAGACCUACUGGGAAGACAAGCCCAGCCGGGCGUACGGCUACUCGGGGGUGUCCCUCAAGGUGGUGAACUCCACCACGGGCGUGGGAGAGCACCUGCGCAACGCUCUGUGGCACACGGGGAACACAGAGGGACAGGUGCGCACACUGUGGCAUGACCCAAAAAACAUCGGCUGGAAAGACUAUACUGCGUACAGGUGGCAUCUGACCCACAGACCCAAGACCGGCUACAUGAGGGUCCUGGUGCAUGAGGGGAAGCAGGUCAUGGCCGACUCGGGACCAAUCUACGACCACACCUAUGCUGGCGGAAGAUUGGGUCUCUUUGUCUUCUCUCAGGAGAUGGUCUACUUCUCCGACCUCAAGUAUGAAUGCAGAGAUGUCUAGACAAUGUGCUGCAAGUGGUAUUUUCUAGACAAGUCAGCACUUGCAGCUUCUCUCUCUAGUGGCAUUUCCUGUUCCUUAAUUCUGAGUGGUUUUCCACCUCCUCCAUCAACCCGAAGCCCAAGUGCCUAAAGAGGAAGAGCACUGAUGAAUCCACAAGAUGAGCUUCUAACCCACUGCAGGAAGACGGCACUGUGGUACAUGACUUCUGUGGAGUGAAAACCGAGCAUGAUGUUGUACUGCUUUCUUUUGUUUGUUUUAAAAGAAUGACGUUUACAUAUAAAAUGUAAUUACUUGCUGUAUUUAUGUGUAUAUGGAACAGAAGGGAAUUUGUGCAUAAGCCAUUUUCAUAAAUUAAGCGUGAAAAAUACGGCUCAACUAUGUUCCGUGCUUAGUGUUGUCACCUGGAUUAACGUUGUUCUUGGAUUCGAGCUGCUCUGCAGUGACACACAAACCUUGCCAGGUCAGUUGGCUUGAAAUGAGGCCACAGUAAGGAGAGUGUGGCCCCACAAGCAAGUGACGUAAGAUGUUGAUUAAUUGGAACCUCAGAAAUAAUUGCAAGAUUAGGUCAGUACUCCCGUUUUCCUCUUGUCCCCUGGUAGAAGCUCUCAUACUUGACAGGACUAAAGCAUUUUCCUGCCAGAUGGACCUCACGGGGCUCCACCUGUAGGCCUGGGUUUGAGCAGGAGGCUCCUGCAGGGCCCCACAGAUCACAGAAGGGCAGAUCAACUUCCUGUUCUAGGCUUCUACUUCCUGUUCUUGGUCUAUUUCCUGUUCUAGGCUUAGAAACUGCAGGAAACUAGCUGUUACCUAGCUUGGUGGCACAUCUCAUUAAGGUUCCAGGCAUAAGUGUUUGUUAGUAUUUAUUAAAUGAAUACAGAGUGCAGCUCUCUACUCACCAGUAACUUAUUUGAAACUAAUGCCAAAUAACACAUAUAUGGUAAAGUUUCUGGAAUUAAACGUCUAAUAAGGAUGUAAUAAUAUGAAGAUACAGUUACAGAAAUAUCUGCGGGUUGAAUAUAAGGCUUUUAUAAUGUUUGAAAAAAGUGUGCUGUAAGAUAUAAUGAGGUAAAUAAAUAGUAAUGAAGAAUUUGUAAUGGAACCUUAAUAUAUACUGUUGCCAGUGAUUUUAAUUCAGUAUUUUUUACUGUUACCUAUCUGCUGUGUAUAGGAAUUUUUUGUUUGAAUGCUGCAGAAAAGCCAGCAUUUGAUUAUUCUGAACACAUGCAAUGAUCAAUCACAUGGUAGGAGACACGGUUUGAAUUUCUAAAAGGUGAGUGGUCUCUUGGAAGGAGAUAGUAGCGUCUCCCACUCCACACGUGGAGUUCAGUAGAUGUUUGUCUGAUAUGUAUGGGGAAGAUCUUUCUCUUCUGUCUGGUCAGUGGUGGAUACAUUUCUGUGUCAAAUAGAAUCCAUAGCUUCGGUCUGAAUUUACAAUUUACAUGACACUGUUGCCUUCAUUGCUUCCUUUGAGGUUGAUUUUCUUUGUGUUUUGUUUUGAUGACAUAUUUUUUCCUUUCAUGUGGAACUUUAUUCCCAAGGCCAGCACAGGGUUGGGGGCUGCAUUAACUGUAACAUCCAUGAAGAAUAUGCAGGCUUCUCCUUGGGGUUGUGUAGGUGCAAUGAUGUGAAUACUGAGAAUGUACCAUGAGUUUUGUAAAUUAUUUAUGUCCUUUAAAGAAUACAAGCUUCUCAUAUAGGUUAAUGAAACUUUGUUUUUGCCAAAGAUUGUAAAUAUUUAUUUAUUUGUUUACCUGGUAAAAAUUUCACACCAAAAAACCCUUACCUUUAGCUAGCACCUCAUUUUUAUACUUAA